AUGGCGGACGAGUUGUAAGAAGUGAGCCUCAUAUUCAGUUCAAAGAUGAAUCUAUUGCCUAAAUCCGACUCACAAUUCAAAACUAAGGAGUACUGGGACAAAUUUUUUCUUAAGAGAAAAGAAGCAUUUGAGUGGUAUGGUGAUUACUUCGAAUUGUCAGCAGUCUUACACAAGUAUAGUAAAGUAAAAGACAAUAUUCUUGUUCUUGGUUGCGGGAAUUCAAGAUUAAGUGAAGAUCUAUACGACCUUGGAUAUCAUGGCCUUGUUAAUAUUGAUAUAUCAGACGUAGUUAUAACCCAAAUGAAAGACAGGAAUGAGGACAGGAGACCAGAGAUGCAAUUCAUCAAGAUGGAUAUGCUCAAGAUGACCUUUUCAGAAGAGCAAUUCAAUGUCAUUCUUGAUAAGGGAGCACUGGAUGCAAUAUUUGUCAGUGAUCAAGAUGAUUCUGUUGUUGCAGAUGUGGACCAAAUGUUUUCUGAAGUACAGAGAGUCCUUAAAACUAAUGGUCGAUACAUAUGCAUCACAUUGGUGCAGGAACACAUUCUCGAAAAACUUUUAUCCUACUUUUCAAAUGGAUGGUUCAUUCGAGUUCACUAUGUUGUAACAAUUUCACCUUUGCCUGUGUUUGCUUUUGUAUUCACAAAAACCAAAUUUUCAGGAGCAGACUCCAGUGCAUUUCCAAAGAUACUAGAGCUGUGUUUUGAUGGUUCAGACAAGAUUCAAAGAGUUACAACUUUGUCAGGCAUAAAAAAUGCCAUUAAGAAUAAGCAAGAAUAUGCAAUCAUCAAACAGUCAUUACGUAAAUUUGAUCCAGAAAACAGCUUUAGCUUGGAACUUUGGGGUUCAGAGGGACAUAGGGAACCCAGGUACACUUGGACCGUUAUCGAUUCUCCACCAAACCAAUUUCAGAAUGGAUUAUAUGCUAUUUUUAUUAUACCUCAAGGCCGUGAAACUGAACAUUGCUUCAAAUCUGAUGAAGGAAGAAGAGAUCUUGCUGCUACUGCAAAAUAUCAAAGACUAGUCAUAGUGACACUACACAGAGGACAUCAAUAUGAAGACAUAGAGACUAUAAAACAAGAACUAUCAGCCAAAGCUAUGGACUUGGCACCUGAUGGGGUCACUAAUGAAAAUUUGGUACCUUUUCUAUCUGUGGGAGGUGACAUUGGUAUACGCAAUACUUUAGAGAAGGGCAACAGUGAAUUCCAUGGUGACUAUGUCAUAGAAGAAGUAUCUGGUGAAGGCGGUGAAAAAAUAAGGCGCCUUGUAUUUCUAAAUGACCCUACGGUUAUACAGUCAGAAGCACAUAUAAAAACAGAUAUAAUCAAAAUUAAAGGCAAAAAAGGCAAAACCAAGCAAAAGACUGAAAUUAGAGNGAUUAUCCUGAGCUCAAAGAAAGCAGGCCUACUGGUUGGACUUGGAGGCGGAAGUGUAGCCAUGUUUAUUCAUGAUUUUUUCCCUCAGAUAGCUUUAGAUGUUGUUGAGAUAGAUCCAGAGAUGGUCAGUGUUGCCAAAAAGUGGUUUGAUUGCAAAGAGGAUGAAAGAUUGAAAGUAAUAACUGAUGAUGGACUGGAAUUUAUAAAUACAAAAGCAGUUACCUGUAAAGAGCCCAUUUAUCACAUUAUCAUGUUUGAUGUCAACAAUUCAAAAGAGGCAAGUGAAGGUUUGCUUGGGCCUCCACUGAAUUUCUUUGACCAGGAGUUUCUUCACAAUAUCAAAAAGAUACUCUACAAGCAUGGAGUAUUGGCUAUCGACUUUGGAUGUCAAAACCAAGCUUUGCGUACUAAACUCCUUCAAAAUAUUCAAUGCGUGUUUGAUGAAGUAUAUGUGCUAAAGGUUGGGGGUUUGGUAAAUGAAAUAGUGUUUGCUGUACCACAUUCUGAUAAAAAAGGAAGAGAGUCAAAAAUACUUGAAGUGCUGAAGUCUGUGAAAGAUGUACAAAAGUUUGGAGAGGAAUCAAAGCAAUGGAAUGAAGAAACUGAUCUAUGUGACAUUAUGAAAGACUUGGUUCUUCUAUGACAAAUGCUGUUAAUUUUGGUCACCUGUARAACAUUCAACAUAUUCUUGCUAGUUUUAUUUGUACAAAUGUUUGGAGAGAAAUCAAAGACAUUCUUGAUCUUGGUUCUUGUACGACAAAUGCUGUUAUUUCAGACACUAUUGAAACAUUCAURUUAUGUCGUCAUGUUUUCCUUAUCAAUGAUGAUAUAUGUUAUGUUCUUGACAGGGAAUAAAUACACUAUAAUCCAG